AUGCUCAAGUCAAGCGAAGAGGCGCCGGUGCAACGGCAACAGGACCGCGUGUGCCUCGUGCUUGUGCCAAUUGUAGUGCUGGUCGCCCUCAUUUUGAUGAUCGAGACCUUUGCUCUGCUUGGACCUCUGGGCGACCAACUCGUUGGCCUCCGACAAAUGACGUGGCGCUACCGCCUCCAGACGCUGUCGCCGGACGAAGUUGUGCCCGAUCAAGAGCUGCUGCACCUGAGUUUACUGCAUGAGGUCUGUGUCGACGACGCGGCUGUUGGUGUGCCGUGGCAGUUUGGCUCGCCUGGAAACCAAUUGGUUGGGGCCACGGCCAACAACUCGCACGUGCUGAUGCGUCAGAACGACAGCGAUUUGCUGGCAAAGCUCCGUCACUGUCCAGACGUUGAUGUGUUUCUGCCUCAGGCGUCGCACACGUUUGGGUACUGUCAAGACGCAGCAGCCUAUGUCAAGUAUUUGGAGUCACGCUUACUUCCCGAUUGGGUGCUGGACAUUGAGCUGUACGACCCGGACCUUGGACGUCAGGUUGACUACUUCAGCCUGUGUCCCAAGACGCCCAUCCUAUUCCUCGAUCACCACUGGAGUGACGUGGCCAUGUCGUCUCGGUGGCCAAUUGGCAAGCCAGUGUACAUGAUGCCGAACAUUGAAAUCAUGGAGCUCACGGCCAUGCACUUCCUUCGAGCUGAUGCCGUGUUGUGCAAGACCCAGGUGUGCUACGACCGGGUGACCAAAUGGUAUGAGCAGGAGGGCACUCCACGCAACACGUCGGUGUUUUACACAAAACACACGUCUUCAAGUCCAUCUGUGCUCGUUCGCAAGCGCUUGGGGGAAUACGCCGUGGCGUCCAAGGACUACACUGAUGUGAAGUUUUCCCACAUGGCUGGUGUUAGUUCAUCGAAAGGCACAAGGGAAAUCAUGGACUGCUGGCUACAUACUGCCGAAUUGCCUCCGCUCGACGUGUACAUUGACCGCAAGCCAUUCUACCGCUUGUUCUCGCCGUCGUUCAAGUCGAAGAUUGCCGGCAGUUUGAGCCCCGUUAACAUCCAGCUGGGCACGCACGAGCAUCUCAUGUUCAGCAAGGUCAUUGCUGAGGCUCUGUUCGUCUUGAGCCCCAGCUAUGGUGAAGGCUACGGCCACACUCUCAACCAGGCACGUUCGUCGGGAGCUGUCAUUGUGACGAUCGAUUUGCCGCCGAUGAACGAGUUGGUGAUUGGCAAUGAAACGGGUGUGCUGAUCCCAACGAAUCGUAUCCAGCAUCCGAUGGUGCUGAUGGGAGGCAACUACCGAGGCGAGAAGGGACUGGAAGACGUCGAGGGGCUCGUGGCUCAGUUCGAGGCGUCCGACGUCUGCCGAGCGAUCCAGCGCUUGAUGCAGUCGACGACGCCUGGGGAACGUGCUGAGAUGGGUCUCAAUGCCAGCCGGCAGUACCAUGCCGAUACCAAGUACUUUGCCAAGGAGAUGCAGAAGCUGCGCGCGUUUGCCAAACCUUAA